ACGAGUCCCGCAGUCAGCUGAGAAAGGAGGUGCCCCUCCCGGCAGUCCAGCAAAGCGAGCAGAGCCAAGCUGAGAAGAGCGCAGCGGAUCAGGGAGGGCACGGACGCGAAGGCGCUCGGGCAUCAUGGCACCCAUCGGGCUGAAGGCAGUGGUCGGAGAGAAGAUUAUGAAUGAUGUCAUCAAGAAAGUGAAGAAGAAGGGAGAAUGGAAGGUUCUGGUAGUUGACCAGCUGAGUAUGAGAAUGCUGUCAUCAUGCUGCAAGAUGACGGACAUCAUGACGGAAGGGAUUACUAUUGUUGAAGACAUCAAUAAACGGAGAGAGCCACUGCCCAGUCUGGAGGCCGUGUACUUAAUCACUCCUUCUGAAAAGUCAGUACAAACACUGGUUGGUGAUUUUAAGGAUCCCCCCUCUUCAAAGUAUAGGGGAGCACACGUCUUCUUCACAGACUCCUGUCCAGACCCCCUGUUCAAUGAGGUGGUUAAAUCUCGAGCUUCCAAGAUGAUCAAAACCCUAACUGAAAUCAACAUUGCUUUCCUCCCAUAUGAGUCUCAGGUCUAUUCCCUGGACAACUCUGAUGCAUUCCAGAGCUUCUAUAGCCCACAUAAGACUCAGCUAAAGAACCCUGUGAUGGAGCGUCUAGCAGAACAAAUUGCAACUCUCUGUGCCACCUUGAAGGAGUAUCCAGCAGUGCGAUACCGAGGAGAGUACAAAGAUAAUGCCACUCUGGCUCAGUUGGUUCAAGACAAGUUGGACGCCUACAAGGCCGAUGACCCAACCAUGGGAGAAGGACCAGACAAAGCCCGUUCUCAGCUGCUGAUUCUGGACCGUGGCUUUGAUCCAGUGUCACCAGUCCUUCAUGAACUCACCUUCCAGGCCAUGAGCUAUGACCUGCUUCCUAUUGAGAAUGAUGUCUACAAGUAUGAGACAAGUGGUAUGGGGGACUCAAGAAUGAAGGAGGUGCUGUUGGAUGAGGAUGAUGAUCUCUGGAUGGCCCUGCGACACAAGCACAUUGCUGAAGUCUCCCAGGAAGUCACCCGCUCUUUGAAAGAAUUCUCUGCCAGUAAGAGGAUGCAGACAGGAGAGAAGACCACCAUGAGAGAUUUAUCUCAGAUGCUGAAGAAGAUGCCUCAGUACCAGAAGGAGUUGAGUAAGUACUCAACUCAUUUGCACCUGGCUGAAGACUGCAUGAAGCACUACCAAGGUACUGUGGACAAGCUCUGCCGUGUCGAACAGGACCUGGCAAUGGGUACAGAUGCGGAGGGUGAGAAGAUCAAAGAUCCCAUGAGGGCCAUCGUCCCCAUUCUCUUGGAUGCCAAUGUUUCUACUUAUGACAAGAUCCGCAUUAUCCUUCUGUACAUCUUUUUAAAGAAUGGAAUCACAGAGGAGAAUCUGAACAAACUUAUUCAGCAUGCCCAGAUCCCACCAGAGGAUAGUGAGAUUAUCACCAACAUGGCACACUUGGGAGUCCCCAUCAUCACUGAUUCCACACUGCGUCGCCGUAGCAAGCCAGAGCGCAAGGAACGUAUCAGUGAGCAGACAUACCAGCUCUCCAGAUGGACGCCGCUAAUCAAGGACAUCAUGGAGGAUGCAGUUGAAGACAAACUGGACACCAAGCACUACCCCUACAUUUCCACACGGUCCUCUGCCCCAUUUAUCACACACCCUGUCAGCGCUCGGUAUGGACACUGGCACAAGAACAAGACCCCAGGCGAGUAUCGAACUGGCCCAAGGGUGCUGGUCUUCAUUAUUGGAGGUGCGUCUUUCAAUGAGAUGCGCUGCGCCUAUGAGGUGACACAGGCCAAUGGCAAAUGGGAGGCCAUCAUUGGUUCCACCCACAUUCUCACCCCCACCAAAUUUCUAAUGGACCUGCGCCACCCAGACUUCCGAGAGUCUUCUAGGGUUUCAUUUGAAGAUCACGCUCCCCCUGAGGAGUGAGGGGACCUCAGAGGCUGCUGACAAAGAUCCACCCACAUCUUCACACCAACUAAAGUCCUUGAUGCACUCAAGAAGAUGACCAAACCUGAUGAAGAGGUUGCCGGAUAGAUAGUCAGCAGUCUCUCACUCUCUCUCUUUCUCUGACUUCGUUUCGUCUGUCCCAUACACCUCUGAACAUCCCUCUUAUGAAUGACCAAGCCAAAGGCCUGCUGUCCGAUGCCAUCACAGUGACAUCAUGGGUCACUCCCCCCCCCCCCCCCCGUUACAACACGCGAGCCUCGCUGCAAGAGCGAAUUGAUGCUGAACACCGGUGGCUUCUCUUUGUGGGUGGACUCCAUGCCUCUAACUGCUGUAAUUUCCAGAUGUAACAUAGUUCCCUUGGACCCUUCUCCAAUGCCAUAGCACAACAGUUUUAUUAGGUUUCCUGGUUAACUUGAUAGCGUAAUAUAUUUGUGUUUUGGUGGAAUUAGCAGAGCUGUGGGUUUCCGGCAGUGCUUUAAUUAAAACUAAAUCCUAUGGGGAAUCAGCCAGUUGAAAAAUGAAACGAUCGCAAUGCUCUUAGCUUAAAACUAUGAAUGUCUGCCCCUUCCUCUCAUAUAAACAGCCCACGUGAUAAAUGACAUAGUCACCAUUUCACCUCUCUGCUUAAACCUGUUCCCUAGAAGGACUUGGGUUUCUCAUUUUAUGAGUCUCUCCAAAGCUAUUCACCCAAAAACUUUCAGUGUUUAACAAAAUACAGAUUAUCUUACCUGGAUGACCACCAUCUUAGAACCUUAAAUGAUGAAGUGCAACUCCUCCAUGGACAACUGCAGAAUUAAAAAACUGCCUUCCUCACUAUCCCCAAUCAUUCCAGGACCUUAGGAAACUUUAGGCUGAUCUUUGCCAGGCCCAUUUUUCUGCUGACUACCAAGUUGGACUAUUCUCCUAUAAAUACUUAACUAAGCUUGUAGUGUCCCCCGGUCAUUGCUUGCAGGGCCAAUGGUAUUUCAGUAUUGUAUUUAGUCUCUGGCUAGUGUUUUGGCUGCAGCCUCGCACUGGGCUGUCUAAUGUGUGUGUGCGUGCGUGUGUAGCACCAUUUGUCCCGUUCUAGUCUCCUAGUGAUGCCCGCUUUGUGAAGUUGUGCCCCUUCCGAUUGUUUGCAUCCCUUCGGUGUCUGUAAUGUUUCCCCUUGCAUCGUAGUAAACUGAGAGCCCAUUUUGCUUUACUUUGUGGUGCCCAGAAAUCAUCUUCCUGAAUGAAGGCUUUGAGUCCCUACCCCGACCCACUAAUCCAGUCUUGUUAAUACUUUUCCACUUUAUGUUGAGAUUUGCAACCCACCUUUCUUGCCAGCUGUGACACGCACGGAGAGCUUUUGUGAUGCAUUGCUUCUGAACUUUUUUUGUCUUCUUUGUAAGUUUUUGUUUUUUUAAGUUGUAAAGCAGAUCACUGUGUUGACUUAUUGAUUUAUAUAAAAGUUAUUUAUCAAAGGAAAUAAUAAAAGGUAGUCUGUCUUGAACCCA